GUACCCAAAACAAUGAAUAUACUUCAAUAUGAGGUCGUUAUCUACUUAAGCUGUAUUAUUCGGUUUAGAAAUCUCCUUCAAAGAAAGCUAAAAGAUGAGAGCUUAUAUACUAAGCUUUUUCAUAUCAUAUAUUAUACUUCACCUACUUCUCUCCUUUCCUUCCCUCCAACUCAUACUAUAUUAUAAACUCAAUACAUCUAAUCUCACCCCUCAUAUACAACUUUUAUUCUUUCAACCCAACAUUAACAAAAUAAAUCACCCCCAAAAUUCCCCCAAAAAAACAACAAAAACAACAAUAACAAAAAGUGUUGAAUUCAUGUUUGCGGAGGAGCUAAUUAACACCCACCAAGCGUGUGACAUACCCCCUUCAUUCUCCCGCUCACUCCUUAGCUAUCUUCUCAUUUUUCCCACCUCAACAAACAAAUCACACCAACAACAACAACCAUUUUUAUCCUUCUAAACCAUUAUUUCAUUUACAUCAUUUGGUGAAGAUCAUCAUUAUUAUGAGACAAUCAUCCAUAGGAAGCAGCUCUCGACACUCGAAUUACAGCCGGAGUUUCCACCUUCCUGAUGAAGAAAACGCCUAUGAUGACUACCCUGCACCAUCUUCCAUUGGCGGCGCAAUGCUGCCCGCCUUUCUUAAAGACCUCGGAAGAGCUACUACUACUGCCACUACCACUACCACCACCAUCAACGACGAAGAACUCGUCGAGGUUGAAUUACAAGUAGAGGAUGACAACAUUUAUAUAUGUAGUGUUACACCAAGAGCUACAACACCUAGGAGUACUGGAGGUGGUGGUGGUGGAGGAGGUGGAGGUAUUUUAUCGAGGAGCCUCUCGGCUGCCUCGAAACUUAGGAAGAAAUUCGCUUGGCCUUCUUCUUCAAGACCAUCAUCGGAGGCAGGGGAUCAACCUCUGCCUCCGAUGACUGAAAGAGACAAACGUAAAAUGCGAGCGCAACUACAAAGGACCACGUCAGGCGCCCAAAGGGCAUUGACGGGGUUACGUUUUAUUAGUAUGACUACGUGCACAACGACAGGAGAUGAUGGUGGGGAAGAGAUGUGGAAACAAGUGGAGGCAAGAUUUGAUGAAUUAGCACAAAAUGGGUUGCUUGCUAGGGAAGAUUUUGGAGCUUGCAUUGGGAUGGCGAAUUCCAAGGAAUUCGCCAUCGGUAUAUUUGAUGCAUUAGCAAGGAGGAAAAGACAGAGAUUGAGUAAAAUUUGUAAAGAAGAGUUACAAGAUUUUUGGUUGCAACUUACUAAUCAAAGCUUCGAUGCUCGCCUUCAAAUUUUCUUCGACAUUGCUGAUAGUAACGAAGAUGGAAGAAUAACAAGAGACGAGGUCCAAGAGCUUAUUAUGCUUAGUGCUUCAGCAAAUAGAUUAUCAUCUUUGAAGGAGCAGGCACAUGAAUAUGCAAACUUGAUCAUGGAAGAGCUAGACCCUGAAAACCUUGGUUACAUUGAGUUAUGGCAGUUAGAAGCACUGCUGCUACAAAGAGAUGUCUACAUGGAAUAUAGCAGGCCACUAAGCACAGUAAGUGCAGGGUGGAGUCAAAAUUUGAGCACAUUAAGACCAGUAAGCCUGGUGAGAAAAGUAAGCUGCACAUUAAGGUGUCUCAUCCUAGAAAACUGGCAGAGAGGGUGGAUUAUAUUGUUGUGGGUUACGGUCAUGGCGUCGCUUUUCGUCUGGAAAUUUCUUCAGUACAGGAAAAAAUCAGCAUUUCAGGUUAUGGGUUAUUGCUUAUGCACAGCCAAAGGAGCCGCCGAGACCCUUAAACUUAACAUGGCUUUAAUCCUCCUUCCGGUUUCAAGAAACACGCUCACUUGGCUUCGAUCCACUCGAGCCAGAUGCUUCAUCCCUUUUGAUGAUAACAUCAACUUCCAUAAGAUAAUCGCGUGCGCUAUAGCAAUUGGAGUGUUGCUUCAUGCAGGAAUUCAUCUAACAUGUGAUUUUCCCCGUUUGAUCAACUCUUCCCCCGGUAAAUUUGCACUCAUAGCCUCCGAUUUCAACAACAAGAAACCAACAUACUGGGAUCUUGUGAAAGGCAUCGAAGGAGUGACUGGUAUCGGCAUGGUCGUUUUGAUGAUGAUUGCCUUCACAUUAGCAACAAGCCGGUUUAGGAGAGAUGUGGUGAAGCUACCAGCACCUUUCAAUCGUUUGGCAGGAUACAAUGCAUUCUGGUAUUCUCACCAUUUGCUCGCUAUUGUCUAUGUCAUGCUUGUGGUUCAUGGAUUCUUCUUGUUCCUAGUGAAGGAUUGGACCAAAAAAACGACAUGGAUGUAUAUUUCUAUUCCGCUUCUGCUUUAUAUAGCUGAACGAAGUUUGCGGACUUGUAGAUCAGAGAUUCGCUCGGUUAAAAUCUUGAAGGUGUCAGAGCUACCAGGAAAUGUCUUCAGCUUACUAAUGUCAAAACCUCAAGGAUUCAAGUACAAGAGUGGACAGUACAUUUUCCUGCAGUGCCCUGCCAUCUCAAAAUUUGAAUGGCAUCCAUUUUCUAUCACCUCAGCACCAGGAGACAACUUCCUUAGUGUUCACAUCAGGAUUGUAGGAGAUUGGACACAAGAACUAAAGCAGGUUUUUACCGAGGGUAGAAUGUCGGUUUCCUCCAUUGGUCGGCUCAAAUUUGAAGAAGAGGGUAUUCGUCAGAGAGGCUUACCUAGACUGCAUGUUGAUGGACCUUACGGCGCUCCAGCACAGGAGUACCAGAGUUAUGAUGUUUUGCUCCUCGUGGGACUAGGGAUAGGAGCAACACCCUUUAUCAGCAUCCUCAAAGAUCUUCUAAACAAUGCAAGAGCAGCAACAGACUCAACCACCGACUUCAGUAUAUCAGAUGACAGCUUAAGUAGUUUUGCAUCGGCCAGUACAGCACAAAGUGGAAACAAAAGGCCAAUGAGAGUUAAGAGUGCGCAAUUUUACUGGGUUACAAGGGAGCCAGGUUCAUUUGAGUGGUUCAAAGGGGUGAUGAAUGAAGUAGCAGAAAUGGAUCAUAAGGGCUUGAUUGAGAUGCACAACUAUCUUACUAGUGUGUAUGAAGAGGGUGAUGCCAGAUCAACCUUACUAACGUUGGUCCAAGCUCUGACUCAUGCCAAAUAUGGUGUUGAUAUAUUAUCUGGUACCAGGGUAAAGACACACUUUGCCAGACCUGAUUGGAAAGAAGUAUUUGCUAAAAUAGCUAAAAAACAUCCAUACAGCACUAUAGUUAAAUAUGCAGGGGUUUUCUACUGCGGCAGGCCGGUGUUAGCCAAAGAGUUGAAGAAAUUAGCACAUGAAAUGAGUCACAAGACAUCAACACGGUUCGAGUUCCAUAAAGAGCAGUUUUAGAACAGAGAAUAAACUCCCUUCCCCUCUUCCCAGAAUGUAAAAACCCGAAAAAAAAAAUGGAAAGAAAAGAAAUCAAGCCAAUAAGUCAAAACCAAACUAAGCUAACCAUAUCCACCUUUUUGCCAACAUUGUAAGUACUCCAACAUUCUUACUGAGAAACUCAGUAACAUUGUAUACACAAUACAUAUACUAUACACUUCCAUCCAUAGUAAUCGCCUUCAGCGAAAUUGUAAAUGAAAACUUUACAAAUGUCCAUAUAAAAUAUAUAUAUAGCACAUCAUUCUAUAGAAAAUUCCAUAGCCCUAGCUGUUAUUCUAACAAUGACUGUUUGUUACAAACAGGAUUAUUUCUUUCAAAAUCUUAGGAUCUAUGUAUCUUAUUCUAGAUUAUACUCAAUAAAAUAAAUUGCAGAUUAUUUGGUA